CGUCAUAGCCCCGCGACUAGGUGAAAGGACAGCAAAGAAGGAAACAUGGCUGCAAGGUUACUGCUCCGCUCAGCUUUCCGAGCCGCGUCAACUUGCCGGGCGGCCCCGGUGCCCGCCCUGACCCGCGGCAUGGCGGCUGGAGGGAUCCCCACUGACGAGGAGCAGGCCACCGGCCUGGAGAAAAUCAUCAUGAAGGCCGCCAAGGAGGGCGCGGACCCCUACAGCAUGAUGAAGCCUAAAGAGUACGCUGGCUCCAAGGCCGAUCCUCACCUCGUUCCCUCCAUCACUAACAAGAGGAUCGUGGGAUGCGUCUGUGAGGAAGACAACACGGCCGUGGUUUGGUUCUGGCUCCACCAGGGCGAUGCCCAGCGCUGCCCGUCCUGUGGGUCCCACUACAAACUGGUGGCCCACCAACUCCCCCACUAACCCCCACACACACACACACACACACACCUCUCUUAACAUAGACGUUAGUCUUCAGAACGACUACAAGAAACAUCAGACUCGGUCUCCAGGAUGAUUUAUUUAUCCUGGAACAGAGGGGAUACAGCUACGGCCGGACCUUAACGCAAAAUCUGUCCUCAAAUCUCGGCUAAUAAAAUAAUAUAAUUUGAAUACUUUUUCACCCAGGAAACGCGCCCGUUCUUCGGGAGUGUUUUAACCCCCAAAACUCUCUUUCCAAAAAACUGUAACUGUCGUCGCCGUAGCUGUAUCCCCUCUAGCCUUCGACCCGUUCUUUCGGUUUCUUCCCACUUCCUGGAGUUGUGAGUUGCCGUCGUCCGAUUGGUCUCUUGACUCGUUCUGUCUCGUACUUGAUAGACUUGCUGACCUCAAUCAGUCUCUGCUUUACACGUCGGCAGUGACACAGGGAUCACGUGUGGUUUGGGACACAAGUGUUUCUUCAGACAUUUCCAUUCAGCGUUCAGUUUACAUUCUCACACACACACACACACACACACACACACACACACACACACACACACACACACACUUGUACUGUACAAUGUUACACAUUCGGGUCCACCUCACUCCUAUUACUCAACCAAUAAAGGUUCUGAACUCUUAA